AUGGCGCGCUUUAAGAGACAUAUUUUUACAUCAAACUUCGAUAAAUACAUUUUAAAAAAAUGGUUUAGUCUUGUUUUCUUGGAGGAGUUCGAGAAAUUGGGCAUUCCAAGACGACCCCACUCUUUGUCUUUUGCGAAUAUCGUUUGUCAAACCAAAGUAUUGCCCGCCAUAAUAGAACUCCAAGCUGACGUUCUUGAUGCCGUUGUAUUUGUCCAAUACGUCAAUGACAUUCUAAGCAUGGUGAAAGUUUUGGAAGCAGUGAUAAAAGCGUGA